AUGAACAGUAUCUCGUAGGUUGAUUUUGAAUGGAAUCCUGUUUCCGGUGUGUUAAUCAAUGAAGAGAAUGACAAUAUUUAGAUUGAUCCUAAGACUAAAAGAAAAGCUGAUCCAAAAGAAUUUGGAAUUGAAAUCCAUCCCCAUGUUUUAUUUAAGAAAUCACUAAAUUAUGAUUUGGAAGCAGGAUGGAGUUGGCAUAAAUCCUGGAAUUUGCCUGAAUUUGAUUAUAUCCUAAAAGUAAAUAUGUGUUUUAGCCUCUAUUAGGAUGCUCAUAUCUAAGUUUUAGCCUCUUAAGGAACUUUAUUUGCUCAAGUAUUUGUGGUUAAAGCUUUGGAAAACUCUUUAUCCUAUAGAAAUUUAGGUAUUAAGGGAGAAUCAAAAAAAGAAAUAAUAGACCUAGGAGCAAACUUUAGAUGUCUAAAAUUCACUACUACCUCAUACAACAACAAUCACAAAAAAUUCCAUUUGAUGAUUGUUUUAUUUUAUUCCUCAGUAAAAGGAGAAACUAUGGUUCUUAGUUCCAUCAUAUCCCCUGAGAUCUUUGUAGAUUCUAGAAAAUAUGCCAGAUUUCACAAUUUUUCAGUCCUUUAGAAUUCUUUUACAGAAAUAUUUCCUUAUCAGUUGAUUGAUUCAAAAAUUAUAAAAAGGGAAACAAAAAAUAAGAUUUUAAAGAUAAUUAAAAUAGAAAACUCAAUUAUAGGAUUUAUUAAUUAUUUUACUGCCUCUAAUAUUAGAAAUAAAAUUAAGCACCCAAUAUUUUUAGCUUUAAGAUUCUCCAGUCUUAUUAAAUUGUUUGUUGAUUAAGAAAUGCUUGAUUCCUCAACUAACAUAGUGACUCAGAUUUAAAAUCAUCUAAAUAAUAUCAUAAAUAAAUUAGAGCAUUAAAAGAAAAUAAAGAUAUUAAUAUCCCUUUCAAAUGGUGAUUAUUUCAUGUAAAAAAAAGCGCUUGAACUUAUUUAAUAAUUAGAAAAUAGUUGCUAUGAAAUUUAUACCCAAAAAUGUUACUUACCUAAUACUGUAUGCGAGAUAGAAGAUCUUCAAUAGCUAACUCUGUAAUAUCAGGAAUUCGUCCUAUAAUCUAAAAUAUUAAUUAAUUAGAAUAAACAUUGUGACAAAAUUAAUACAUAAUUUUCGCUUUAAGUUGAGGAUAAUUUAUAAAAAAAGGUCAAAAUUGAAUAAUUUCCUGAUUCUUUCAAUAAUUAACUAUAGUAAACAUUUAAAGAUAUUAAUUUGCAUAAAACAGAAUUUGAAAAUUCAAUAAAAAAGGAAGAAGAUUUAAAAAUUUAGUAAUAUUCAUAAUCAAAUAUAUUUUAAUAAUAUAUCCCAUUUUCAAAUAUUAAUUAAUACCAAUAAUACUUUAUGUCGCCUUAUUAAAAUUUAAUGCCAUUUGUUAAUUAAUAAUUCUAACAUUACCAUUAAACUCCCUAUCCAUUAUAUAUGAAUCCAUUUUAAAAUAUGUGGAAAUUAUUUUGA